AUGUCUGAACCAGAAAUAAUUCGAAGCACAACACUAUGGAUGCAAAUGAAGGGUUUACUUUUCUUUACUUUUAUACUCCUUUCUACGAUUAUCAAUACAAUUUACGUUCUGAUACCUUUGCUACCAUUAAUGUUUAUCAAUCAUAAUUUGUGGAGGAGAUUAAUGGAUUACUUAAUCGGAUUAUGGCUACUCGUACCAUGUGUUCGUUUCAAUUUUUUUUUCAUAUUUUAUAAUAGGCAAAAAUCGGUUUACUAUAGCGUUUUAUCAGUUAAUAUGAAUAACAUUAUGGGUUUAAUGGAAAUUUUAUUUGGUGUUAAAAUUACAAUAUCUGGAACUAAAAUAGAUCGUACUGAACCAGCACUAAUAAUUAUGAACCACCGAACCUGCUUGGAUUGGUUAUUUUUUUGGAUAGCUUUAAUUCAAAUAAAUCCAUAUCUUCUGGUAUCACAAAAAAUAUCAUUGAAAAAAAUAAUAAGAUAUAUCCCUGGAGCCGGUUGGGCUAUGGCUACUAAUGCUUAUUUAUUUUUAACACGACGUUUUGAAAAAGAUCAAAAGCAUAUUGAAAAUAUGAUUGAUUAUUAUGCUAAUUCAAAGCAACCUUAUCAGCUGUUAUUAUAUCCUGAAGGAACGGAUAAAGAUAGUCGAGCAGUCGAACGAAGUAGGCAGUUUGCUCUAAAACAUGAUCUAGUCCAUUACAACUAUGUACUUCAUCCAAGAACCACUGGAUUUACAAUCAUGUUAAGAAAAAUGAGACAAGCAUCUUACGUGAAAAAUAUUUACGACGUGACAAUUGGUUACGCAGAUGCAAUCGUACAAUCAGAAUUUGAAUUACUCUUUAAG